ACGAAGGCCAUCUCUGCUCCAGCCGUGGUCCGCUGUGGGGAGGGCCAAGUGGGGUGGAUGGAGAUAAGCGAAAUGGGGACAAGGCGUGUCAGAAGUAGUGAACUGCUGCAGAAGAAACAGCCAUAUGACCGAUAGACUCUCAAGAUGACUGUCGAGGAAACAACAGACGCCAAGGUCAAGACAGACGUGGCCAUGACGGUGCUGAACGAGGUGUCGCCGCAGCAGCAGGGCCACGACAACCCCGCCUUCACCGACACCCACGUGGCCAGACGGAAAAGCCCCACCAUCACCUCCAACACACAGGCGAAUGCGGAAGGUGUCUCCAAGAACCACGAACCCGAGUCGCAGCAGGGAGACCACAGCCUGCUGGCCUUCAUCUUCAACCAGCCCUUCAUGAAAAGCAAGACAGCAGGACUCUCCAAGUGGCGGGGUCCCAUCAUCGCAUUCAUCGCCACCGUUGCCUACGCCGCGUUCGUCAUAUGUGCCCUCCUCAUCAGCAAUGUAGUCGAGGAGACGAGUUUCUGGUGUGACGCGGAGGGUCUGCUGGUGGUGAUCACGGGCAUUCUCUUCAUCAUGAUGUUUUACUACCUGAUCAUCAAGGCAUUUUUCGGGAAGACUCUCCACGAAAAGCUGAUCGUUCCGCUGAAUGCCUUGGGGGACAACCUGGUGCGAGUUAGGUGGGUGCCGUGGGUUGCCUUUGUGGUGCUGGUGGCGGGCGCUCUUACCUUCAUCGGGGUGGACGUGCAGGGUGAGAUGAUUCGCCUGCAGUCCCUGUGCGGUGUGGCGUCCGUGCUGCUCCUUGGGUUCAUCUUCUCCGCCGCCCCGCUCAAGGUAAGGUGGCGACACGUGGCCUGGGGAGUGUCGCUGCAGUUCGUGCUGGGGCUCCUCAUCCUGCGCUGGCCACUCGGGCGGGAGGUGUUUGAGUGCUUGUCAGACAAGGUUGCUACCUUCCUUGCCUUCACCACCGCGGGUUCUUCCUUCGUCUUCGGGGAAUUGGCCACCUCCGAACCUUCUAUAUUUGCUUUCCAGACGCUGCCGGUGAUCUUGUUCUUCAGCUUCUGCAUCCAAAUCCUGUACUACUACGGCGUGAUGCAGACGAUAGUGAUGAAGCUGGGUUGGUUCCUGCAGGUCACCAUCGGCACCACCGCCUGCGAGAGUGUCAACGCCGCCGCCAACAUCUUCCUGGGCAUGACGGAGGCGCCGCUGCUCAUCAAGCCCUUCAUCCCUGACAUGACCAAGUCUGAGCUCCACGCCGUCCUGACAGGAGGGUUCGCCACCAUCGCUGGCUCCGUCCUCGCUGCCUACAUCUCCUUCGGCGUGGAUCCCGUGCACCUGAUCUCCGCCUCUGUCAUGAACGCCCCGGCGGCCCUGGCGCUGUCCAAACUCUUCUAUCCUGAGACUGAGGAGUCCAAGACCAACGCCGGCAACAUCAAGAUAGAGGGAGGGAAAGAAGCCAACAUGCUGCACGCCGCCACGGUGGGAGUCACCAACGCCAUCCCGUUGGUGGCCAACAUCGCCGCCAACCUCGUGGCUUUCAUGGCCUUCAUUGAGUUGAUUAACCAUGUGUUUGACUGGAGCUGCACGAUGGUUGGUUACGAGGACGAGACGUGUUCUCUUGAGAGUCUGUUUGGCGUAAUUUUCAUGCCGCUGGCGUGGGUGAUGGGCGUGGAGUGGGACAAGUGUGAUGAGGUGGGCGAGCUGGUGGGUCUCAAGAUCACUGUUAACGAGUUCGUGGCGUACUCCAAGCUGGCUGACAUGAGGGAAGCCGGGAUGCUCUCCAAACGCGCAGAGAUCAUCGCGACAUACGCCUUAUGUGGGUUCAGUAACAUCAGCUCUAUUGGUAUCAACCUGGGAGGCUUCGGGGCCAUGGCACCCUCUAGACGCGGUGACCUGGCCAAGGUAGUGGUGCGGGCCAUGAUCACCGGCAGCUGUGCCUGCUUCCUCACUGCAAGCAUUGCCGGCACUCUGCUGUCCGUGGAGGAAAACACCGAGCCUGCCUUCUACCACCGACACCUGGACUCCCUCGACACGCUGCGGGGGACGGUGGGGCACUACUCGUAGUUUGCCGCGCCCUGGCAUCCCUACUGAUUGACUGUACCUAAAUUGAUAUAUUUGUACUCUUUACUGUACACUUUACACUGUUCGUAAUUAGGUAUUUCCCGUAAUUCUUAGUGUAGUAAUAUGGAUUGCAAAAUGUUUGUUGAGAGCGAGGUCGUCUCAUGAUUCAGUCCGCCAACAAACUGAAUGAGUAAAGGACAGAUGCAAGCUGAGGAUCGGGAGGGUGAGCACUCCAACCCCACAGUGGAACCCGAAGCCCUUCAUUGAUUUGCUGAUGGACGCCAGCGUGAAGAAAUGCUGCAAACGGCGCAGGUAUUCAUUCCCCCACGCCUCCCACGGCAGCUGUUACAGGUGGCGUAAGCAGGAAGCAAUGGUUCGCUAAUAUAUACUCAAAUGAUACAUGUAUAAUUUUUUUAAUAAAAAAACCUUAAAUCUUA